AUGCCUCUGGAUCCACAAGCUUUUUAUCAGACUACCGCAGAGCCUGUUGUGCCAGAGCAUACUGUUCAAACCAAACCAGAAGUGGGAGAGUCGUCUGCCCCGGUGGAUAUGAAGCUACUCAAGAGGUUGGAUCGUUUCGAUGAGUUCAUCAAGAAAAGCCAAGGUUUAAGCAAACAGGGGGUGCUAGACUACGAUGAUCUGUGCCUUUUUCCAAAUGUACAACUGCCCGUGGGGUUCAAGACUCCGAAGUUCAAUAAAUAUGAUGGUACGGGCAACCCUAAGACACACUUGCGUUUGUUUGCCAACAAGUUGGGCAGACCGGUGGAUGACGAAAACUUGCCAUUAAGGUUAUUUCCAGAGAGUCUAGAAGGAGACGCCCUCGAUUGGUAUUCAAACUUAAAGCCAGAGGAAGUGAAGACUUGGCUUGAUCUGUCCAACGCCUUCAUCAGGCAAUACAAGUAUAACUGCGAGCUAGCACCGACCAGAACUACUUUGGAAAGCACGAAGAGGCGACCAGCUGAAGAUCAUAAGACGUACGCCAAAAGAUGGAGAAAGAUAGCUGCCAAGGUUGAGCCUCCGAUGACCGAAGAUGAAAUUAUUCACACUUUCAUAAAGGCGCAUGAUCCUCCACACUUCGAAGAAAUCUUCCGUAUGACCGGGUGUUCAUUUGCUGCGAUUGUGAAUAAACUCGAAGAGUAUGAUGAUUUUGUGAGAGUCGGAAAAAUUGUUAACGUCUCUGCCCUAAAAUCACAAGUAGAAGCUUUGCAAGGACAAGGAAGCAGUGGGAAAGGACCACAGUUUAAAAAGAAAGAGGGGGAUGCAACUUUUGUCUGGAGUCACAACCCUUCACCCAGACCCCAAUACCAACACAAUCCAACCUACCAACCACCUUACCCUUGCUAUUCAAACCCUCACCAUGUAUAUACUACCAAUAUUCACCACCCUCGAUCUCGUCCAAGCUAUACUAACCCAUCUUUAGUCCCUUUUCAUAUUUCUCAACCAAAUCCUCACCAAAACCGUCAUCGGUCUCCAUUCAAUCCAAGAAUGCCUCCACCAAACAGACCCGUUUACAACUAUCCUCAACCCCCUAAAGCCAACAACCCAGGACGUAACCGCACAUUCACCAAUCUCGACAGGCCUUUGGAUCAAUUAUAUGACCAAUUGAAGGCUGCCGAAAAAAUAGGUAUCAUUCCCCCUCCAACCUAUCCGUAUGGCAUGCCCGUUGGAAGAAAAGAGGCACAAGCGCCAAAUGUGGAUAAGAACCCCCUGCCAGAGUACGAUAACACCAUUGGGGUUAUUAUGGACAAUACAGAAUUUAAGGAGCCUGUUAGAAACUCGUUAAGUGAGGCUGAGGUGUUUGGAAAUGAUGCAGAAUUUCCCGACAUCCCUGAAGGAUCAAUUUCCAAUUGA